AUGAGCAGGCAAAAUCAAAGCUGCGUGGCCGAAUUCAUCCUCUUGGGCUUUUCCAAAAACUUUCCUGAGCUCCAAGAGCAGAUCUUUGGGGUUUUCUUGGUUAUUUACCUGGUGACACUGAUGGGAAAUGCCAUUAUCAUAGUGGUCAUCUUCCUGGACCAGAGCCUCCACUCCCCCAUGUACCUCUUCCUGCAGAACUUAUCUGUGGUGGAAGUGAGUUUCAGUGCAGCCAUCAUGCCUGAAAUGCUAGUGGUCCUGUCCUCUAAGAAAACAACAAUUCCUUUUGUUGGCUGUUUUGCACAGAUGUAUUUCAUUCUUCUUUUUGGUGCGACUGAGUGUUUUCUCCUGGGGGCAAUGGCUUAUGACCGAUUUGCUGCAAUCUGCCAUCCUCUGACCUACCCAACCAUUAUGAACAAAAGUGUUCUUGUGAAGUUAAUACUUUUCUCAUGGGUCUCAGGGGUUAUGGUGGCCACUGUGCAGACAACAUGGGUAUUUAGUUUUCCUUUCUGUGGCCCCAGUGAGAUUAAUCAUCUCUUUUGUGAGACUCCCCCAGGGCUGGAGCUUGUUUGUGCAGACACCUUCCUGUUUGAAAUCUAUGCCUUCACAGGCACCAUUUUGAUUGUCAUGGUUCCUUUCUUGCUGAUACUCCUGUCUUACAUUCGAAUUCUCUUUGCCAUCCUGAAGAUGCCAUCAACCACUGGGAGGCAAAAGGCCUUUUCCACCUGUGCCUCUCAUCUCACAUCAGUCACUCUCUUCUAUGGCACAGCCUGUGUGACUUAUUUACAACCCAAAGCCAGCUACUCACCGGAGACCAAGAAACUGAUGUCACUGGCUUACACACUGCUUACCCCUCUGCUGAAUCCACUUAUCUACAGUUUGCGCAACAAUGAGAUGAAAAGGGCUUUAAUGAAAUUAUGGCGAAGAAAACUGGUUUUACACACAAACUGA